AUGGCUAAAAAUCGGAAGAACAACGAUAACGAUGAACCAAACACUGCUCCAGAGCCUGACCGAUGGUACAACCUAUCCCUAGGUUCCUCCUUUGUGGAUCACCGCCCCUCCCCCAAAUUCUGUACUUUACGUUAUGAAUUUAAACCAGCUUCAAUUGAUAAGAAUCAACCUGGUUCGUUCCACAAGAGCAAGGACAACAGGGUUACAGUUGAGUUUCACAACAACCAACAUGGAAAACCCAAGGUUACUUUUGAAGGUGUCAGUGAGGAUUACAAGGAGCAUGAUGCUGUUUUGUUCUUUGAUGGUGAGAGUUUUCGGUUGGAGAGGUUGCACCGAGCAGUGAAGCGGUUGAGACAUCUAAGGCUGCCUGGUGAAUCUGCAGCUCCAGCAGCCUCAGUCACGAGUACAUCAAUUUCAGCACUGGAAUCUUAUUCUCCACCAACUGGUGGGAAAGGAGCAAAGCUUCAGUCUUUGAACAAGGAUGUUCUUCCUCAUAUGCCGGUGGAGGUGAAAGGAAUUGAUAUCAACAACUCAGAGAGCUUAGCCCCAGGCCCAACAUCUGAAACUGACAAGGAUUUUGAUUGUCCACCUUCCUUACCAAAUCCACCAGCUGCAUCUCCUGAUGCAGAACCUAGAAGUGAUGAGAUGGAUGAAGAAGUAGAUGUUGUCAUUGAUGAUGAUGAUGAUGAUGUUGUUGUUGUGCAUGAUACAACUGGGAAAGGAAAGUCUCCUGUAAAUGAAUUUCACACUGGCAUUGACAUUAACAUACCUCAUCCAGGUGAUCUGGAUGAUGAGAUUGCUGAUGUAGAUGUAGAUGAUGUGGUGGAUAAUGUCCCAAAUGCUGCAGAAGCCCUUAGAGCUCAAGUGAAUGCUGAGGUGGAAGGGAAGCAGACUUCAAGCUCUAGUGAUAGUAGUGGGAGUGAGAGUAGUGGGAGUGAAAGCGGCAGUGGAAGUGGCAGUGGAAAUGAAAGCGAGAGCGUGAGUAGCAGCAGUGAUACUGAAAGCAGUGAAGGUGGUGACUCACUAGAACUACCCACGCUGCCUCUAUUGCCGUCAAUGAAUUCCUUGGCUCCCUUGAUCAUGGCAGACAUCAAAUUGAGCCUCCUACCCUUUCUAAUGACAACCAGCAACAUCUUUGGAACCCCCCUGCCUCUCCCUUUGUCAAAGUUAACGUGGAUGCAUCAUGGAAUCCAAACUCAAAAGAGGGUUGGCAUUGGUAUCCUAAUUAGGAACACACGUGGAGACUUUAUCAAGAGUACAUCCAUCCCAUCAGUGGUGAACUCUGCUAUAGAGGCUGAGGCACAGGCUUGUCUCGAAGGCUGUAAGCUCGCUGCUGAGAUGGGUUAUCGUCAAGUAACUUUUGAAUCUGAUUGCAAGGAAAUAGUCUCUCCCUUGAAGGGCCUCUUAUCCAAUGGAAGGUGGGAAAUCUAUCCUAUCCUAAGUAAUGUUCGAGAUGUUUUGAACAGCUUCCAGACCUACAUUUGGAAGUGGAUUCCUAGAACCGCCAACCAAGCGGCAGAUCAUUUGGCAAUGCUGGCCAUUUCGAGGAUGAGCCCGGAAGUAUGGGUCAACCGACCCCCAUCCUCUCUAAUGCAUAUCAUGAACAAAGAUGGUUUACCAUGCCCCCCAAGGAGUACUUAA